AUGGCUCAAUACUUCUUCGACCUUCUCUAUACCUUUACCGAUUGCAUGUGCUGUUUUCCGAGCUCCCCGCAGCUGAAAAUCAAUAACCGCAGCUUCAAGCUUCUCCGUUUACUCGGCGAGGGCGGGUUUUCUUACGUUUAUCUUGUCCAGGACAAGAGUACAUCGGAGCUCUUCGCCCUCAAGAAGAUCAGGUGCCCUUUCGGCCAGGAAUCGGUGUCGCAGGCGCUGAAGGAAGUCGAGGCCUACACUCUAUUCACCGGGAAUCGGCAUAUCAUCCAUUCGAUUGAUCAUUGUGUUGCGACCGAAUCGGGCUCGAAAUUCCGUUCAGAUGGAGGAGAUGCAGGAUCCAAGACAGUCUACAUUCUUCUCCCUUUCUACCAACAUGGUAAUCUUCAAGACGCUAUCAACGCGAAUCUCGUCAAUCAUACUCAGUUUCCCGAAAAGGAACUGAUGGUUAUGAUGCUGGGCGUAGCCAAGGCCCUCAAGGCUAUGCAUCAGUACCGGAUCAACAGCGGCGCAACGCCGGUCAAGAAGGCGAAAAUGGUGCGGCGCGAAGGGCAAGAAGCGGACGCAUCAAGAAGGAAGAUGAGAACAACAAGCGAGUCAGAUGACGAUACUGAACAAGAGCCGCUGAUGGAUGGAGAAGUCACUAGAAGCCAGGAAGGAAUGGAGGAAGGUGACUAUCGACCAUAUGCCCAUCGCGAUAUUAAGCCAGGAAACAUCAUGCUCGACAAUGAUGGAAAGACCCCUAUUCUCAUGGACUUGGGAUCUAUGGCCCCCAGCCCGAUCGCCAUUACAUCCCGAUCUCUUGCCAUUGCCGUCCAAGAUACCGCUGCCGAGCACAGCACAAUGCCUUACCGCGCACCGGAGCUAUUUGACGUCAAAACUGGCUCCAUCAUAGACACCAAGGUUGACAUAUGGUCCCUUGGCUGUACUAUGUAUGCUUGCCUUGUUGGAAAAAGCCCCUUUGAAGCCCGCAGCGAAGAAACAGGAGGUAGCCUCAGCAUGUGCGUAUUAGGGGGUGAUUGGCGAUUCCCAGACGAGAAGACAGGGACGGUCAAAGGGAAAGGUAAGCCGCCGUCAGGUGAAGAGUCUGAUAUGUUGUCAAGGGAGGGUGGCGCUAUUAGCCCAGAGGUAAAAGACGUGGUCCGUCGCUGUUUGCGCGUAGAGCCUUCCGAGCGACCAGAUAUCGACGAACUGAUCCAGAUUCUAAACCAAACGGUUCAGUCACUUCCCGACGGCACUAACGACGAGCUACCCCCGGGGGUUUAA